GUGGGCGGGGUGAGGCGGAUUGCCCGGCGGUGUGUCCGGUGUCCGGAGUCGGGCCUCAGGCCGGGAGGGAGGGUUGGAUCCCGGAGCCCGGCGGCGGCGCUAUGGAGCGGGGCGGAUCCCCGGCGACACUCGAUGACCUGUUCCUUGCCCUGUACGAGAUGGGAUUUGAGGAGAGGCAUGUUCAAGCAGCACUGCAGGCUGGAAUCUUUAAUGUCCAGGAUGCGACUGAGUGGUUGCUCCAAGGGGGAGAUCAUGCCAAGCGAGGGCAGGAAUCGAGAGGCUCAGUAGCUGGGGCAAUGUCAGCAUUUAACCCGCCACUUGCACAGGGAAUGGCUCCAAAACUGCCCUAUAGUGUAGGCAGCCAGAGACACAGCCCGGCUGAGACAGGCAGUCCACCACAAGCUGCAUCUUCCCCAGCGUUGCACCUCUCCAGGAGAAACCUCAACCUGAAGGAGUUUGAGGAGCAGCAGAGGGAACAUGUUGCUCAGCAAAUCAAAGCCGAAAGGAGAAAGAAACAGAAGGACCAUGAACUAGCAUUGAAGAGAAUAGCUGAUGACCGUGAAAACCUGAAAGCAAAAUCGGCUCCAACUUGCCAGCCUGACCCCCCUCAGCAGGGUCAGAGGUUAGGGGGAAAAGUUCAAACUGCAGUGGGAGGCCAUUGUAUCCUUAUGAUCAGGCUCCCAUCGGGAGACUGUCUCCGGGAGCGAUUUCGACAGGACGACACGCUGCAGUGUGUGAAGGACUACAUCACACGGCAAUGCCCCAAGCUUCAGACUAUUGCCCUCCUCCAGGGUUUCCCGAAGAGGCGUUUCACCGACACCGACCUGGCCGACACAUUGGGAGCGUUGGGACUGAGCCCCAAUGCCACACUGUGCGUACGGGAUGAAGAACAGAGAGCUAGGUUCCAGCUGAACCUGCCGUCGGGUGCCUACUCGCUCACAGAAACCAGUGUCCCCACCGCGGGAAUCCCAGCGCACGAAGGAGUGCUGGCACAGCCCACCAGACCACCUGAGGCCGAGCACCACUUCGAAUCGAGGUUACCUGGUCAGCGAUCCUGGGGGCGAGGAGAAGCACUAGGGUACAGGCCGACAGAGGACGGGGCAGCUCACAAGAUGGAGGAACGACGAGCCGCACCUAGACGCAUGCGGCAGCCAGAGCUCAGGAACGCUGGGAUACCAGCACUAAUGGAAUAUCCAGCCAGAUCAACACACUUCUGGGGUCGUGGUCAGAAGCUGGUGACUGCUGACCAUGGAGAGUUACCGAAAGCCAAUGAAGGGAGACCUGAUCCAAGCGGGAGAGAAGUGGAGAACCUCAUCCCAGAGGAUCAGCUCAUUCCACCAGCCUUUGACCCAGAAGUGAUCUUUCGUCAAAAUGGAAACCGAAUCAGGAGUGGGUUUGAACCCCGCUACCAGUGGCCCAAUCAGGGCAACCGUCUCAGGGAGGCCAGGGAGGGCGCAUCCAGUCAGGAUGGCCCUCGGCAGCAGGACCUACCCACCGUGGCAGCCCAGGCUGCCAUAGAGCGCCUGAACAGAGCGGCAGAGAUGGAGGCCAGCCACUUGACACCGUCCUCGCAGAAGAAACCAUGUCGGGCCACGUUGGUGCCUUCACUCUUCAAGAUGGCAACCGGAGGAGCAGUUGCGCUGAUGACAGCUCCCAGUAUGCAGUACAGUCGGAGCCUGGCGUGUCUGACCCCCGAACUUGCUGAGCACCUCCUGCUGCACAUGAUCAACGAGCGACUGCUGCGGCCCAAAUCCUUCGAACUCUUCUUCGGAUGUCAGAUUCAGAAACUCGUCCUCAGUUGCUACCCCUAUGCCACCAACGAGCUCCUCCGGCAGCUCCGAGCCUUCCAUUCCCUCAAACACCUCAGCCUCACGUCCUGCUCCCUCAUCACAGAUUCCGGGCUGGAAGUUGUGUCGAACCUGCAGAGGCUGCAACACCUGAACCUUGCGGCCUGUGUGAAACUCACUGAUCACUGUUUGUGCAGCUUCAAAGGUUUGAAUUCUCUUUCUCACCUGAUCUUGGACCAGACCAAAGUAAGCGACUCAGGAAUGACAGAUUAUCUGGCGUGUGCUCCUACAUCACUUGUUCACCUCAGCCUGAAUCAGACAGGCAUCACUGAGAGAAUGCUGACUGUCUUACCCGGAACUGUUCCCCAGCUCCGGCUUCUGAGCAUCAAACAAACCAAGGUGUGUGAUGUCUCGGCGCUGAAGGACCUGCCAGCUCUACAGACCCUCCACUUGGACAACAACAAUAUCACAGAGAGCUCACUUCAGGCACUGAGCUCUCACCCCACCCUGUCCUCACUCAGUGUGUACGGACUGCACUCACUCAGCGGAGAUGUUACACUGAAGAUUAUCUCAGGUCUCAAUCUCACUCACCUCAAGCUCCCGGACAGGCACACGGUGAGCGACUCUGGACUCCGCUUCUUGUCUCACCUGGAGAGACUGAUCGAGCUUGACCUCACCGACUAUACACAGGUCACAGACCAAGGCAUCAGCCACCUUGCCAGAUUGCUGCGGUUGACCAAGCUUUCCCUGAGCAACACGCUCAUGACAGACGCUGGGUUAGUUCACCUGCAGCACCUGAAGAAUCUCGAGGAGCUUUGCCUGGACCGCACCAGCGUCAGCAGCAAAGGAGUAGCUCAGUGUAUCAGGAAUCUGCCUCAUUUACAGGUCUUGAGCCUUGCUUCGACGCGUGUCGGUGACACUGUGGUGACACAGGGACUGCUGCACUGCAAACAACUGGUCAAAUUGAACUUGAGCCGGACUCGCAUCACCGAUCGAGGCCACGACAGGGCUUGUCCAGAACAGGAGAACGAGAGGAGACAGCCUGAGCUUGAACAGGGGCAAUCCAGAGCUAACCGGCCUGAGGCAGCUCAGCCAGACCAAGGUGAACCAGCUGAACCUGGACGGGACAGGGGUGACGCUGACCGAGAUCAGCACCCUGAUGGCGACCUGCCCUGGUAUAACUAGCAUCCGUGUCAACAACCUGCACACGCUCUCCCCUGAACAGGUCUCUGACGAGGAGAUGGCGGCUGCGGAUUGAACGGCAGGUUGGAGGAAGGGAUUGAAAACUCCUCGGCCCACUAACCCCACCCCCAUAGUCAGAGGGAGGGGAUUCAGUUCUGAACGCUUGUAGAUUGUAUGUGGAAAGGAACUUGUCCGACAUUCAGCCUGAUCUUCAUCCAGACAUACUGAUUGCUGCACUUCCCCUUUUGCUGUUUCCCCCCUCCUCUCCCAUCCUUCCUCCCCCACCUAUCAUUUCAGACCCAGACAGAAUCUGCUAUCAGCCCUACCCACUGACUGACAAUUUUAAUACAGAGUCUAUACCCAACCCUGUGCUGUACCUGUCCUGGGAGUGUUUAAUGGGGACAGUGUAGAGGGAGAUUUACUCUGUAUCUAACCCCGUGCUGUACCUGCCCUGGGAGUGUUUAAUGGGGACAGUGUAGAGG